AUGCAGUCAGCCACGCUCCUUGUCACCUCGAUGGUGAUGGCACUUUUCUACGUGCUCACGGAUGCUGCGCCUCCUUCGUCCAGCCUCCUUGGCAACCUGCUCGACAACUUCAAUUCAACCGACCCCAGAGUCCCCAUGGUCUCCGUGGUCAAUCUGGGCGACCCGAAUGAUGUCCAUUCUGUACCCGACCUCAACUCUGACAUUUGGAAGAACAAGAGAACCUGCUACGAUUCGCGGGCGAGUGAGAAAUGGCAGGAUGUCGGCGGGCAGCAUUCACAGUUUGUCAACGACACAGUCCUUAACAUGUGCAGGUUCAUCACCGCCUACACGAUCAGCGCCGGUUGGGACAAGGACGCUCCAAUAUCCAUUUGUACGAACAUCGACGCCGACACCCAGGUUAGCGAGGGCAGCCCGCGCAGCCUUCGGAGUAUUGCUAUUAUGGUCACCUACAGGGGCGCCAGCAACAUCCGCGAGGAUCUUCUCCCAGGGUUCGGUCCUGUGGACUGCUUUGCGAUUUUGUGGCCGCCUCUGGCUUGCAGCGCAGGUGGAGAAUUCAUCAUGUUGUACGACAGCUCUCCGCCACGCUUCUUCGAGGCCAAGGGGGACCCGAAUCGAGGCGACUGUACCGAGAACGGAUACCGGCUCAUACUGAAGCCUGACGGCACUCCGGGCACCGAGAUUUGA